ACGAGAGGAACCGGCGGUUAACCCUUUCUAAACAAGAGGCGGUGUUAAACGGGACAGUCUGGAGAACGGGCAAGCAGCCGCGGGAGGGGGCGGGGGGGAGAUCAUCUGGAAGAGGCGAGAGGAAGUGGUGGCGCGCGAGAGGGCGGAGGCGCUGGAGAGGCAGAGGCUGGCUGACUACAUUGUGUGGAGGAAGAGAGAGGACUUCCAGGAGAGGCGAGGAGAGAGGGAGAAGAGAGACGCCAGUGGCGAGAGAGGGAAGGAAGCAGCGCCAGAAGUCAUCUGGAAGAAACGGGAGGAAGACAACGCGUUGCUUAGGGAGCCAGCUAGGGCUAGUCAGGGCGGACAUCAAAUCGUUUGGAGGAAGAAGGAGAGGGACUAGAAGAUUUUAGCCUUCCCGCUUCUACUGGACGAUAUUUGUGAGCUUGCUUUCUCGCCGUUGGCUAAUUGAGGUGGCUAUCGGCCAAUCGAAUCGUUGUACGCGGCCCUCGCCUCGUUAGCGUGCUCAGCCCCCUCGCGACCCCACCGCCCUUCCCUGGCUGGCUGCUAAUAGGGUUUUUAUCGGACUGUCUCGCCAGACUACUUUGUCAGACACGCAGAAAUACACACACACAUAUGCAAGUUGUUGAGGGACAAUCGCUUGUUUUGAUUUUUUUUUUUUUAAUGAUAGUUGGACUCAAAGAUGGCCUGUUGGCUGGAGCAAGAUAUUUUUUUUUUUUGGAGUCAUGAGCUGAUCACACAAUGAACUCUGUUCUGAGAAGUGAACUGAUGUCAACAUGUCACGCGUCGAGACGCUCCAAAGUCUCCAUCCGCACGCAGCCAUAAUCGGGAACGUCGCUCUUUUCCACACUACGCUCAUUGUGGAUGAAGCCAUUUUUAAAGCGCUCCACUUUGGGCGACCCGCUAACGAGUGGGAGGCUGACGAUUGGACAGAUGGAUGGCGCUCUUGCUCUGAGGGAGACCGGCUGCGCGUCCUCAAGAGAGACACUCUGAAACAAAAAAGACCUUGAUACAAACCACAAGCGUGGACUCGUACGGACAUAAAAAAAAAAAAAACGCGCCGCCAUGGAGCUCGUCCCCAAAACAAAGUACAGCCACUUUCGAAGCGAAUCGCUCAGCUCCGCUGACGAGACCAACUCCAAUCCGUCGCCCUUUCCUCCUUCAAGUCCCGCCACCCCGCUCACUCCAUCACCUGGCUUACCUUCCUCUCUGUCCUCCUCUUCCCUCACCCCCAUGUUGCCCCCUUCUUCUCCCCGGCCUCCCGAGAACAGCCCCACUACCCUCUGCUCCUUCUUCCCGAGAAUGGGCUCCUUACGCCUGGGCGUCUCCGCCACUCUACUCAAGGCCUCCAACAGGCCACCACCGCAGCCUCGGCUCGCCGUGGAGUCCCCCGGGGACGACGGGAGCAGCUCCAGCUCCUCCCCUCCGCUACAUCACCCGCUCCCCCCUUUAACCGCUCCCUCUCCCCCUCCCCGCCCCCCUCUACAGGACAUGAACCGGCUGGGAGGCGGGGCCAGGAGGGCACGGGUCGAAGGCGCUCACCUGGGAGGAGAUGAAUGGACGCGGCAUGGCUCCUUUGUCAAUAAGCCCACCCGCGGGUGGCUGCACUCCGACAACGUGGUCAGCACCACGGGCGUCUCCUACUCCGUGCGGUACAUGGGUUGCGUGGAGGUGCUCCAAUCCAUGCGGGCGCUGGACUUCAACACCAGAACUCAGGUCACCAGGGAGGCCAUCUCGGUGGUUUGCGAGGCUGUACCCGGAGCCAAAGGAGCCCAGCGGAGAAGAAAGCCGUCCACACGCUGCCUCACGUCUAUUCUGGGCAAGAGCAACCUGCAGUUUGCUGGCAUGACAAUCAGCCUCACCAUCUCCACCAGCAGCCUCAACCUGCUGGCGGCCGACUGCAAACAGAUAAUCGCCAAUCAUCACAUGCAGUCCAUCUCCUUCGCCUCUGGAGGAGACCCAGACACGGCUGAGUACGUAGCAUAUGUGGCCAAAGACCCGGUCAACCAGAGAGCUUGUCACAUUCUGGAAUGCUCUGAGGGUUUAGCCCAGGAAGUCAUCAGCACCAUCGGCCAGGCCUUCGAACUGCGUUUCAAACAGUACUUAAAGAACCCGCCCAAACUGGUCGCGCCUCACGACAGAAUGGCUCCGUUUGACGGCUCCGCAUGGGAGGAAGAGGACGACGAAGCCGCUCUCCUGCCUGACGUCCCUUACUAUAACAACUUCCCCGGUAAACAGCCUCCCCCUGGUGGUCUGGUUGAUAUGAGACCACGUCCGGGCGCCACGCUGCCUUUUGGCCAGCCGGGUCAGAAUGACAUUCACAAGCAGCCUCUGCCGCCUCUGCCAGUAGGUGCCAAGGAAGGAGGGCGAGAGAUGUUUGAUGACCCCUCUUACGUCAAUGUGGAUAAGCCCCGCCCACCAGUCGCCGCCAAUGGGAACGCUCACAGGGAUGCUUUUGACAUGAAACCAUUCGAUGAUGCCCUGGGGGGCUCCACGACAGCAUCAGCGCUCCCUCUAGUGGAGCAGCUACAAUGCGAGACCUGGUUCCAUGGCAGCUUGAGUCGCAGGGAGGCGGAGAGGCUGCUGGCGCGCGACGGAGACUUUCUAGUGCGGGAGUCGGGAACCACGCCGGGGCAGUACGUGCUCACGGGACAGCAGGGCGGUCAACCCAAGCACCUGCUACUCGUCGACCCGGAGGGAGUGGUCCGUACAAAAGACCAUCGGUUCGAGAGCGUGAGUCACCUGAUCAGCUACCACAUGGACAACCGACUCCCCAUUGUGUCGGCGGGAAGUGAAGUGUGUCUGCAACAGCCAGUGGAGCGCAGAGCCUGAAAAAAAAAAAAAAAAAUGUGGCUCCACCAAAUACAACCACGGGAAUGCACACCAAAAAAAAAAAAAAAAAAGUGUGCAAAGUUUUGACAUGCUGCUGUUGUGAACUAAACUGUGAACUGCAGUCCCAACGAUCAGGCAAAGCGACCCUGAAGCACUGCUGCAUCAUGUCCACAGCCGACUGUGAAACAGGAAAGGAAAUGCAAUUUUAAAAAAAGAAAACAACCAUCAGAAGGUCUUAAUUUGUCAUCACGCCCCAAAAAAAAAAAAAAAAAAAAAGGAACGUGGAAAAUAGCAGCAUGAAUAGAACAUGAGUUUGCAUGCUUUCAUCGUGAGUUCCACCUUUGGAUGUGUUGCUGGGCAGAAAAACAAGCUUUUUAUUAUUAUUUUUUAUAUAUAUAUAUAUAUAUAUGUAGAAACUCACCUUCAAGAGCAGCCUUGAAGACCCUAACCACUCCCUCCCUUUAAUGACUGUUGAACUUGUGAUGAUGGAGGAUUAAAAAAAAAAAAAA